CAUACAUAUAAACAAAUUAAUGAAAAUUAACAUGAAAUUUUGAAUAUAUUUUAACUAUCCUUACUUCCACUUUUCUUUAUAAAAUGUGGCUUGAAGCCGAAAAUCAUAAAUGGCAUUAUGAUUAUGUUCGUUUGGCUUGGGAUGCAGGAUUUUCAUUUGGAAAAUCCAAAUAUACUAGUUUGGAUAAAAAUAAAAUAUAUAUGGUUGACAUAGACCGAAUUAUAAAAGAUCGAGAUUUUUCUUCAGUUGAGAAACACAUUUCAACAGUACUGCAGUAUGUAUUAGAAGGUGAACAAGUUGAAAUCCUAGAUACAAACUUUGUAAAUUUUUUUCGAAUGAGCCAGUUAUCUAUUGAAUAUUUACUGUUCUGUAAAAAGUAUCUAGACCAUACAGUGACUAUUCUCAAACAGGAUAUUGUAAAAUUGAAACAGGAAAUGAAACAGAUGAGGUCAUAUACAGAAGAAUUGGAAACUCAUAUAUCAGUUUUGACAAAAAGUAACUUGGUUGCGACUUUUAAAUGUGAAAAAUGCUCGAAAGCUUUCUCAACAGAGGAAUAUUUAAAUUCCCAUUUGAAAAGAAGACAUAAUGAAGAAGAUAAAUUAAAUCCGAACAUUGAGGCUGAAAAACUGCAUUUGGAAAUCAAAGAGUUGAAAGAAAGGCUCAAUAAUACUGAAAAACGUAUUCAAAAGGACAGUGAUGAAAUUGAGUCAGAUAAAUUGAGGGAUGAUGAAUUUGAUGCUAGUAAACUAAUUAAUGAAAUCCACAAAAACUUUGAGAAAUUCAGAGAGCAUGUUGAGAAUAAAAUAGAGACAUUAUAUUCUGAGAAGAACUUUUAUGAUGACAAAUAUAAUAAAUUAUUCAACAUUGUAUUGGAAUACAGAAAUAGAGAAGAUGAUCAAAGAAAAGAGCAAGAAGUUCAAAAUGUCAAGAAAUCUUCAGUAGAGCAUUCUAACAUGAAAGAAAGUACAACACAGACUGAAAACGCUGAAAAAUCAGAAAAGCUUCAGAUAGAAACAAUUCAUAAUACAAAUUGCUAUGAAUUCAAGGAAGGUAGUACUGAGGAAUUAACCGCAGAAGAUGAUCAUGUCCAAAAUGAAAUUCUGGAAAAGAAAAUGAAUGCUUUUGGGGAAAUUUUAGAGAAUAAAAUAUCAACGGGACUCUUCAGUAUAGAGAAUCAAAUGAAAGUGUUUUACGAGAAAUUGUCUAAGCUGGAAUCGAAUCAAAACAUUACUGUUGACAAAAUUGAGCAGUCCAUACCGGUUUCAUCAUUAUCUGCUAAAAUAACACACGCACACGAUGAUAAACCAAUAAUAAAACCAAGAACUAAGUUCAGUAAACCCACCACUUUGCCAAAAACUGAAGAAACCUCAAGAGAAGUAGAAAAAAUAAGAACAGAAUUAGGUGCCAUUCUUUCUAGAGCAAAAAAUAAUGAACAAAAAUUGGUUCAAAAUGCAGUAGGUAAUAUGUAUGACACCUUAGAUUCUGAAACUGAAAGCGAUUCCGAAUCCACUGAGAAAAAUCCACCAGAGACAAUCAGUAAUCUGAAAGAAAGUGUUGCUAUGGUUGGUGAUAAACUUGAAGAAAAGAAAAUGAUUGAUAAAAGAAAGCGUGUGGAAAAAAGAAAUGUAACUGUGGAGAAACCAAAACACGUUGAAAAACACCCUGUCGAUGUAAAGAAAACCAUACCAGUGGAUAAUAAACAAACGGUGGAGAAAUUGAGACAGAAAAUGAAUGACAUUCUAUAUUCCAGACUACAGGAGAUGGGUAUUUCCCCAAACUGGAAAGGCAUUCCAAAGAAAACUUUUCAAAGAGCUUUGGAAAUUGUUGAACACCAAGCUAGUCUCAGCAAAAAGUUCCUGCCUAAUUACGAUUCAGUGAAAAAGUCCAUUGAAAAAUCCAUUAGUCUAGAUUUUGAAAAGAAUACUGCAGGAACUGUAAGACUUCAAAAAUCUCUAAGUUCAAAUAAGGAAAAACCCAAUUUGGUUAAAAUUCGGUACAAAAAGAAAAUCAAAGAGGAUGAGACCAAAUCCAAACCGAUAGUGACAAUAAAAAACAGAUCCAUGUAUGAUACUGAUUCUGAAAGCGAAGUCAUUGCAAACCACAUUCUUUCUCCUGCAAAAGAAGUUGAAAAAAAUCAGGCGGCCGUCAUUAAAGAACUGAAAUUCUUACAGUCAAAAUCGAUACCAACGAUUACAGGCGAUACUGAUUCUGAUUUGAAUUCAAUACUGUUGAGUGAUGAUAAACAUACAGUUGAAACCAAAAGUGCAAUGAAAAGUUAUCCUUCUGAUGGUUCACUUGUGAAAAAAAAGGUGCUGUUUGAUAUUGAAGCUGGUGAUAAUAUAGAUGAAGAAGUUUCAAGGAAAGGUGGCACUGCAACAGACUUGACCAGGCAUAUACAAAGUGAACAAACAAAGAAAAACGCGGAGAGUAGUUACUCGGAUUUUGAAAUCAACUGAUGAACAUAUAGUUCUAAGAAAAACAACUUGAUCUCAUUUUUUGUUACAAAUUUAUUUAUAUUGUAUUUUAUUAAAAAGAAUUCAA